AUGGAGAACAUCUCUUCUUCCUCUUCCCCCUUCCACACCAGUUCCCCCACCGUGCUGCCUGAGAACACCACUGCUGAUGAAGACUCCUCUGGCCUCCAGAAGAGCAUGCACUGCCUUUCCAUGGUGGUGUACAGCAUCGCCUGUGUGCUGGGGGUGACAGGGAACGGCCUCGUCAUCUGGAUCGCAGGCUUCAAGAUGAAGAAGACAGUGAACUCCAUCUGGUUCCUCAACCUGGCCAUUGCUGACUUCAUCUUCACCUUUUUCCUGCCCCUCAGCAUCGCCUACACCGCCCUGGGCUUCCACUGGCCCUUUGGGAAGCUCCUCUGCAAGCUGAACAGCACCAUCGCCUUCCUCAACAUGUUUGCCAGUGUCUUCCUCCUGAUGGUCAUCAGCGUGGACCGCUGCGUUUCCGUGGCCUUUCCCGUCUGGUCUCACAACCACAGGAGCCCAGAGCUGGCAGCCAGGGUCGCACUGGGGACAUGGGUCCUGGCUCUCCUCCUCAGUUCCCCGUACCUGGUCUUUCGGGACACUGUGGUCAGCUCCAGGAACACCACCAGCUGCUACAACAAUUUUGCACUCUCCGAUGACUACACGUCCGAGGCGACGCAGCCAGCUCCGGCCCCCGGCGGGCCCGGCGAGCAGCCCUGUUGGCCCAAGGACUGCAGUGAGCUCCCUGCUGGCAGCCCCAGUGGUGUCUACAUCAUCCAGCCCCCAGGCCUGCACCCCAUCACGGUGCCCUGCGAGGCGGGCGGGACGGACGGGGGCUGGACGGUCGUGCAGAGGAACCGGCAGAGCACGGGGAUCAGCUGGGCCGAGUCCUGGAGCACCUACAAGCACGGGUUUGGGAACGUGCACACCGAGUUCUGGCUGGGCACCGAGUACAUCCACCAGAUCACCCAGCAGAAGGUCUACCAGGUCAGGUUUCUGAUCUGGGAUGCUUCAAACAACAUGCACGUUGCAGACUACAGCCUCUUCAGCGUGGAAGACGAGUCCCAGGGCUACCGGCUGCGGCUGGGAACGUACUCGGGAACAGCAGGGGAUGCCAUGGACUCAAAAAACCCCAGGAAGGUACACAACAACAUGAAGUUCUCCACAAAGGAUCGAGAUCAGGACACCUACAGAGGGAACUGUGCCUCCAGAUAUGGAGGGGGGUGGUGGUUCUCAGCCUGUUAUUCCGCGCAGCUGAACGUCAAGGGGCACAUAACGUGGGGCAGCCUGUGCAAAGGCAACUGCAAAGCUUCUGCCAUCCUCAUCAAACCAGCUCCCUGCUGCUAG